UAGCGAGUUCUACACAAUAGCGAACGUUCUAGUGGAUAUCAACAUUGCUCAUGAAAUCCAGAUUUGCGUUGAAAAUAAUGAGUGGUGACGCCAUGACUAACAUGAGCAGAAAAUCACCUCCAGCCACUACAUCAAGUCGUAUAUUAUUUGAUGUCCCUUGCAAAGUGUGCAGAGAUCAUUCAUCUGGUAAACAUUACGGAAUUUUUGCUUGCGAUGGAUGCGCUGGGUUUUUUAAGAGAUCAAUUCGCAAAAGUCGUCAGUACCCUUGCAAAGGUCAAGGUGAAACUCUCAAUAAAUGUCCAAUUGACAAAACGCACAGAAACCAAUGUCGUUCCUGCAGACUUAGAAAAUGUUUAGCGGCCGGCAUGAAUAAAGACGCAGUACAGCACGAAAGAGGACCUCGCAAUUCCACACUCCGUCGCCAGAUGGCGACAAUAAAAGAUUACAGGUCACACGAUACAGUAUCACCACCUAGCUUCCCACCACCUAUAUACUCACAUGUGUCGCCAGUCUGCAACAUAUUAGCAUCUGACAGUAGAGGUUCCCCUUGUCCUAUGACCUCUAGGUCUCCUGUUUUGAACACUAUCACGGCUUUUAGUAUGAUGAGGCUACAAGCUCCACUUUGUCAUCCUAUAGCAAAGUAUCCUCCUUCAACGAUGGUCUUCCCCUCGAGUUUGCUCAAUCCAGAAAUAAUUUGCGAAUCAGCAGCGCGGGUGCUUUUCCAUAACGUCCAGUGGGCCAGAAGCGUACCCGCCUUUGUUAAUCUACCAUUCAGAGAUCAGUUGCUGCUAUUGGAAGAAGGCUGGAGAGAUCUUUUCAUAUUAAGUUUUUCUCAGUAUAAUUUACCGGUUGAAGCAGGACCUUUAUUAGCUGCCGCAGGUAUCAAUUCUGAAUCUGAAUCUUCCCAGAAGAUGAUGACUAUCAUGACCGAGAUAACGGCUUUCCAAGAAAUUAUCUCAAAAUUUAAACAGAUAAAUCUUGAUCCCACAGAGUUCAUGCUUUUGAAGGUUCUCGUUUUAUUCAAACCAAAUCUUACUUCUGGUGCAACUACGACUCGAGGUCUUCAGGAUAACAGCACUGUGUCGUCUAUUCAAGACCAAACUAAUAUUUCUCUUAGUAACUACAUCCAGAGGACCUACCCAUUGGAUCCCUCCCGAUUUGGAAGGCUCCUGCUCUUGCUACCACUCUUGAGAGAUGUUAGUAGCAACACAAUUGAAGAACUCUUUUUCAGAAAAACUAUAGGUGCCAUCACCAUUGAAAGACUUCUGAGUGAUAUGUACAAAAGUGGAGAAUUCUGAAAGA